AUGAAGAGCUCUUUUUUGUUGUUCUUCGUCUUGUUAUGUUUGUUGCAGAUAAGCAGAUUAGGUUUCGGAUUAGAAGAAGAAUUUGCUCAUAAGACUAACAAUGGAUUCGUAAGUGUCACUAGUUUCGGAGCUAUUGGCGAUGGAAAGACCGAUGAUACCAAGGCUUUUCUUAAAACAUGGGAUGCUGUAUGUAGAGGAGGAAGUAAAGGCAAGACAAAGCUUCUUGUGCCUCGAGGAAAAACCUUUAUGAUUAAGCCUCUUUCAUUCGUCGGUCCAUGCAAGUCUUCCUCUGUCUCCUUUUCGAUAAGAGGAAACCUUGUUCCGCCGGGUUACACUUGGUAUGCGGGAAAAUACCCAACAUGGAUUAGUUUCGACAGUGUCUACGGUCUAGUUGUCACCGGUGGUGGCACCAUCGACGGUCGUGGUUCUGUCUGGUGGGGAAAAGUUCAAUAUCGUCCCACCGCAAUGCACUUCAACAACUGUAACGGUCUCAGGAUGUACAAUCUCCAACACUUGAACAGUCCUCGGAACCACAUAGGUCUAAGCUGUUCAGAGAACAUCGAUGUCUCGGGUCUAAGGCUCACUGCACCUUGGGAUAGUCCCAACACGGAUGGUAUCGACAUAUCUAACUGUAAAGGAGUUCACAUACGCGACUCAAUAAUUGCAACUGGCGAUGACUGCAUCGCCAUUAAUAGUGGUUCCUCUCAAAUCAACAUAACCGGCAUUUUUUGUGGCCCCGGUCAUGGCAUCAGCAUCGGAAGCCUCGGAGUAAACGGAUAUUUUGCAACCGUUGAAGAUGUGAGAGUAAAGAACUGUACUUUGACCAACACUAUGAACGGUGUCCGAAUCAAGACAUUCCAGGGCGGAUCAGGAUAUGCUAGGAAAAUAUCAUUCGAGGAUAUCAACAUGGUAGCUUCAGGGAACCCUAUUAUCAUCGAACAGAACUACCACAACUAUGGCAAGGGAAUACUAAACUUUGAAGAAGCAUACAAUAGAUAUCAAGGUUGUCAUUUAAGUCGGUCGUCGUUUGUAGAGACAAAGAGUCAGUCCGGUAACGGCAAAGGCGUGAAAGUAAGCGAUGUGCGUUACUCUAGAAUCCGCGGUUCGUCUGCGAGCGAUGAGGCCAUCACAUUGAACUGCGAUGAGAACUUGGGAUGUGCGGAUAUUGUGAUGGACCAUGUUGAUAUGGUUUCAGCUACAUCAGGUCACAAGGUGUUCGCUUCCUGCAAGAAUGUUCAUGGGAAUUUCUUUGAUUCACUUCUUAGUUGUUUCAAGAAGUAUUAG